AUGGGUCAAGUGUCGUUUGAUUUUGCAUCAGAACUAGUGGCUUCCGGAUACGCACAUCUGACUCACUUUUUGCCAGACCAAACCGCAGUAGCCGGGAUUGCAUUUCUUCCUGAUCCGGUUUGCGCAUGGCUUGCAAUGACCCAGAUGAUUGAGGGCUGCAAUCUAUUUGGGAUUGAUGAUGGGAUUCCCACAGAGUGCAGUGAACCUGCUUCGGUUUGGUCGGAGAAGGCCAUCAAAAUAUUCUCCUCUGCAUUGUGUCGUCCUGCAAAGGGAGAUGUUGGGGUUGCAGCUGCCUUUUAUAUGCUGGCUUGCGGAGAUGAAUUGAGGUUUGAGCAAUCGACAGAUCUCACUCAGCCAGGUUUCUGUUCCACUAGAGAAAUGGAUUGCAAGAUUGCAACAUGCUGA